CUGUGGAGCUGUCAAAAUAGUUAGCGGGGUGUUGCUGUGUGUUCGUGUUGUGUUUGUUCUCUGUUGUAAGAAGAAGAAAAAAACAGCAGUUUAUUGUCUGAAUGUAAAAAAAUGUAGUUAGUUACUUUAUUAAAUUGUACUUCGCGGUCUCACACACACACACUUACACUUGCAACGCUUAAGCGACUUGUUCAAGUCCCAGACCCAGCGACUGAACUCACCUCAGCAGGGGCAUGGAGGCACACAGCUCAGGACUCACAAGGAAAAGAAGAAGAGAGGGACCAAAUGGAGAGACAGACAAGGAGGAACGAGGUAGAAAAAUCCAACGAAGGACUUCGACCCUGACAGAACCUGCACCCUUUUCUGAUCAGCUGGAAGUUAUAUCCACUCCAUACACUCGUAUUAGCCUAGAGGAAGCCCGUUGUGGCACACCAGUGGGCCGUGCAGUGCGUGUGUAUGCUGAUGGGAUUUUUGACAUGUUUCACUCUGGACAUGCCCGAGCUCUGAUGCAGGCUAAAUGUCUUUUUCCAAACACUCAUCUCAUCGUAGGCGUAUGCAGCGACGCUUUGACACACAAGCUUAAGGGCUUUACUGUUAUGAACGAGGACGAGCGUUAUGAUGCAGUGAGUCACUGUCGCUACGUGGACGAGGUGGUCAGGGAUGCCCCAUGGACGCUGACCCCAGAGUUCCUGGCCAAACACAGAAUUGACUUUGUUGCUCAUGACGACAUCCCGUACGUUUCAGCUGAGAGUGAUGACGUUUACAAGCACAUAAAGGAGGCUGGCAUGUUUGCGCCCACACAAAGGACAGAGGGCAUCUCCACCUCUGACAUCAUCACACGCAUCGUCCGUGACUACGAUGUUUACGUGCGACGCAAUCUGCAGAGAGGCUACACUGCCAAGGAGCUUAAUGUCAGCUUCAUCAAUGAAAAGAAGUACCACCUUCAGGAGCACGUGGAUAAGGUGAAGCAGAAGGUACGGGACGUGGAGGAGAAGAGUAAAGAGUUUGUGCAGAGGGUGGAGGAGAAGAGCAUCGACCUUAUCCAGAAGUGGGAGGAGAAAUCACGCGAGUUCAUUGGCAACUUCCUGCAGAUGUUUGGGCCAGACGGGGCACUGAAGCACAUGCUGAAGGAAGGGAAAGGGCGCAUGCUGCAGGCCAUCAGCCCCAGACAAAGCCCCGACAGCAGCCCCUCACGGGAAGAGCGCUCUCCUUCUCCUACAUUCCGUCUUCCUUUCUUCACCAAGACCCUGCCGUCCAGCUCACCUCCUCACUACAGCGACACACACAGCAUCAGUGAGGAUGACGAGGACUAGAGGGCUUCGGGAUUGUAUUCCGGUUUUUAACUUCCAGAUGACAGUGUCCAGUUGACUGUUGAUUGUGAGUCCUAAACUGUAACACAGCUUUAAGUUAGUGUAGGAGUCUGACGAGGACUUCUCCUCUGGGAUGCAUUAAUUACUGUAUGAAGGGCCAGGCAGAGCUCCUGGAAAGAAUUACUCUCAGAUUUAAUCAAUAUUUGUUUGCGUCUUUUCUACACAUUUGAUUUGUGCACAAGUUGUUAAGUCCAGUAUGACUCUCACUGCACACCACUGUGACCCUCAGUGUUACUGUCACAUCACACACUGCACCAUUGUUUUGUUUUGUUUCCCUUUUUAGUUCUUUACAGCCAACAGAUGCAACAAUCCAUGCGCACAUGCACCUCUUAAACUGUUCCUUGUUCGUUUUAGCCAAAAAUGAAAUGUACACAGAGUUCCUCUCAGCCAAGUCAUGUUUGGUGUAUAAAGUUUGUUUCUUUAAUUUUAUACAGGAGCUACAAUGAUAAUGUAGCUAACAACUAAGGAAAGCUUAUAGCUACCAGUUAGUCAGAAACCACAUAAGCAAGUCUAUAUGAAGUGACUUAGCAAUGACAGUUUUAGGCAAGUGUAUCAUUUUUGCAUGUAGUUUGUACAAUGCUGUUUAUGCACAAACAGUCUGACUAAGUCACGUGACAUCUGUUGAUGUGAGUUUACAUAUAUUAAGGUUGCAAAAUGCUAAACUGGUAGCUGUCCCAUGCUUGUGAGCUACAUCUUGUACAAAACUAAAACAAACAGUUGGCUUGGCUGAACUGCUGUUCCUUUAAAGCUUAUUACAUUCUCUUCUGUCUCAACAUAAACAACACAUAGACUACAAAACACUGGAUUUAUUGCCAUAAUAAAAAACUGAACAUAAUCGUUUCACUGUGAGGGCGAAAGCCAUAGCAUAUGUGUUCAAGGACAAAGACUAUUUUUAAGUAUCCUAAUUUUAUUAUUCUGUCACGUUUGCUUAAUAAUCAGUGUCUUUAAUUUCUAAUCUGUCACAAUAAAUGUAAGUCUUAUUCCUAUUG